AGACUUAGUAUCUAAUCAAGAUAAUACAAUUAAGAAAAUGAUUUUUGUUUUUAUCGUUGAGUUAUUUUAAUAUUAACAAGCAUCAAGUUCUUACAGUGCUAUUAAUUGUGAUGUGAGGAUAUGUUAUUUUAGGCAUAAAUAACAUAAUCGUUUAUAUUUUGAAUAUGUUGAAGAAAUUGUGUCAACAAUACCUAAAUUUUUCAGUUGUUAAAAAUAAUUUAAUUAUUAUGAAUUCUUGUGUUAAAUGUGCACCGCUAACAGAACCAAUCCCAUUUUCAAAAGAUUUUUUGUUUCGUCAAAUGUUCGAUCCUACAUCCUGCACAUAUACUUAUCUGUUGGCCGAUAUCAACGAUAAAACAGCGAUUUUAAUUGAUCCGGUCAUUGAAUGGGCAGAACGAGAUAAAACUAUUAUUGAGGAAUUGGGAUUAACAUUAAAAUAUGCUAUAAAUACGCAUAUGCACGCUGAUCAUAUCACCGGAACAGGAAGGCUCAAGUGUUUGUUACCUGGUUGCCAGUCAAUGAUAUCACGUAGCAGCGGCGCUAAGGCUGAUAUACUCUUGAAUCCGGAUGACCAAAUAUGCUUCGGCAGGCAUAAUUUACAGGUGCUUCCUACACCCGGACAUACCGAAGGUUGUGUUACUUAUGUCUGCUACGAACAAGGCAUUGCAUUUACUGGCGAUGCACUUUUAAUACGUGGAUGUGGACGAACAGAUUUCCAGGGUGGAUCAUCAGAGAUUUUGUAUAAAUCAAUUCAUACAAAAAUCUUUACAUUGCCACAAAAUUUUAAGCUAUAUCCAGCCCAUGAUUAUUGUGGCAGAACGGUAACUACAGUGGCUGAGGAGAAAAUUCUUAAUCCAAGAUUAUCUAAAUCACUAAAUGAAUUUGUGAACAUAAUGAAUAAUCUUAAUCUGUCUUAUCCAAAAAUGAUAGAUAAAGCUUUACCGGCUAAUAAAGUUUGCGGAUUAUAUGAAGUUCACGAGGAACAGAAACCAUGAAGAGAUGAACUCUUCUGUGGUAUUUUUAUGUUCAUCGAUCGACCGAUGUUAAUUCAAUUUUGUCGUUUUAUGUAAAAUAAUAGUUUAUAAUAAAAGGAAUUUAAUUAUAUAAUAAACAUAAAAAAAAAAUUAAAAAAAAACGCGCGUAUAUUCUUAAUUGAUACUCUUGCUUUUAAUUUUUAAAUUCGUACUAUUAUUAAGAUUAAAAUUUAAAAUUACAUUGCAAAAUGCGAAGUUGUUUUUACAGGACUUUUUUAUUUUCAUUAAACAUUUAUCCUAUUUUCUAAAUAAUUAUGUUAAAUUUAAAAAGCUAAUUAAAUUUACUAUAUACAGAUACAGAAUAUUUUGUAUUCAUUGUUGGGAUAUUUAGAUCUCUGUAUCAGUCAAUAUAAUGCAUUUAUUUUUCUGAAUUGAAUGUAAUAUUCUUCUAUAAACAUAUAUCUUUCGUAUAAUAAAGAGGAUUUUAUAUUAAUAUAAGUAAAUGCGCUGAAUUAGCCUCUACAAAAGCGGAAAUCAUUGAAUCAAAAAAGUAGUUCGUAAUAGUUCCAAAUUUCGCCGUUAAUUUCACGGUGUCCCUUAACCUCAAAUAUCAUUCGAAGAACUGAAUUUGUGAAGUACGCGAAACGAAAUGUAAGACGGUAAUAGAGAUGGAGGUUGGUGUAAUCGGGUAGUUUAAACGGGCUGUCUUGUCGAAACUCGGGAUGAAGAGACCCCCAUGGUGUGCCGCUGGUUUCUACUGCAUAGCUGAGGGUUGAAAUCGAUACCGUUUCCAGGGUAACCAGUGGGUACGGUGGCCGACACACGGGCAAAGGUAUGGGCCAAGGCUAUCUGCUCGUGCGUUUUCAUGCUUUCCUGAAAAAAAGAAAGAGAUGAAGCGGCACCGGCGCCGCGCUUCACCUCCAUCUUGAUUUCUCGUAAAGCGACCCACCCAGCAGCAGUGUCACAGUAGUACGCUGUGCUCUCGUAUACGGCGGGUGAGUGGUGUCUUGCAUAUAACAAUUUGUUCUGCAACGUUUCUGGCGUUUGUUAGUCAGUGCAUCGUCAUUUCUUCGUAGAAGAUCGAACUAAGCCAGGAAUCAUUACGAGAGGAAUCCAAACGACACAUCGUGCAGGAGUUUUACGAACAGUCAA